AGCUUGCUCUCUAAUGGCGUUUCCUCACCGGUGGUUUUUCUCUGGCGUCUCCUUCACCUGAUUCCUCCCUCUCGAGUUUCUUCUCAGCAAUUACCGGACUUUUUCCGGGUUCCUUUCCGGGUUGUUUUUCCGGUGAGCUUUUUCUCCUUCUUUGGUGUGAAAUGACUGGAUCUCCUUUGAUAGUCAACUUGCGUUCUUCUCCUCCACUUUUGACGUCUCUGUGUGCUUCUCUGGUGCUGAAGCUUCCUCCGUUGCGGUUGCCGGAUCCCCUUUCACCACCGAACCCACCGGAGCCUCCGGACCCUCCAGAUAGUUGGCCAAGGUAUCUCUUUUUCUUCGUGGCCUUUGACUCUCCGUGGGGUUUCUUUCGAAGCCCUUUGCUUCAGUCCUCUUCCUUCCUUUGCACCAAUCCGCCUCGUUCUCAGAUCUCAGAUCUGCGUCCCACGUUCUCUUUGACAGUUACUUUGGUGUCUUCUGGUGGUACUCCACCCCUUACUGCAAUAUGCAGGCUCUUUUCCGGUCUCUAUCCGGCAUACACUCUUACCAGGUUUGUUUCUGGUUUUGCGUUCUAUUUUCCUACAGUUUCUAGGAUCUGUUGGUUAGAUAGUGGAUUCACAAGUCUCAUUAGUUGGAAGUGUGUUCCUUGUUUGGUCACAUUUGCCUAUAUGAAAGCUUGGUUAGUCUACAAGGCUCUCGUGUCUCACUUGCCUUGGUUGUGCGUUGACCAUCUGUGUCAUGUUUACUCCUUUAUGGAGCAGUUUGUGGUUCUACUUUUUCCCCCUUGUGGUGGAUUUAAGUGUAAUGUAGGGACGAAGAUCUUCUCCGGUGUUGCUAGGUGGCUCACUCUCUCAUCUCCCCGUGGCAUGGGUUGGUGUUUCUCCGACGCUUCUGAAGUUCCCCUUUUCGACGGUGUCCGUCGCUGUUAUGUCUUCCUCGCAACUCUAGUUGAAGGAAUUGACUUGAAGGCCUCCUUGGUAGCAAAGGAAGGUUCUGUUUUUGAUGCGUUUAACUCGGACUUAUCCUCCGGUGCUUCCCUCCCCGGUUGCCGAUGUGUGUACGCUUCUUCGGUUGAGUUUGCGAACUCCCAUUUAUCUCUCUGUUUCUGUUUGAACUAUGGUUGUAGUUUUAGUUUUCUCAUUUGCUUGACCAUGUUGUGGGUCACAGAAUUUGCUUGUUUGGCUCCUAGUAGCCUUUUGUAUCCUCCUUCUUUGGAAAACUCUUGAUUAAUUUCUAAUGAAAUCUCCUUAUGACA